CUCUCUCUGGGACUCGUCCCCAUCAUGGACGGCCUGGAGAAGCAGCUGGUGUGUCCCAUCUGUCUGGAGAUGUUUUCCAAGCCGGUGGUCAUCCUGCCAUGUCAGCACAACCUGUGCAGGAAAUGCGCCAACGACGUGUUCCAGGCAUCCAAUCCCUACCUGUCCAGCAGGACCGGUGCCACAGUGACAUCGGGCGGACGGUUCCGCUGCCCGUCCUGCAGGCACGAGGUGGUUCUGGACCGGCACGGUGUCUACGGGCUGCAGAGGAACCUGCUGGUGGAGAACAUCAUCGACAUGUACAAGCAGGGCAGCAGCAGUAAGCCGGAACCCGAGAAGAAGCAGGAGCCGAUGUGUGAGGAGCAUCCGGACGAGAAGAUCAACAUUUACUGCAUCACCUGCAGCGCCCCCACCUGUUCACUCUGCAAAGUGUUCGGACAACACAAAGACUGCCAGGUGGCGCCGCUGAGCCACGUCUUCACCAGCCAGAAGGCUGAACUCACUGACUGCGUCUCCUUGCUGGUCGGGAACAACGAGCGGAUCCAGGGUAUCGUCAGCCAGCUGGAUGAGACCUGCAGAGCCGUGGACGAGAAUGGCCGGCGGCAGAAGUCCAAGGUUUGCGAGACGUUCGACCGCCUGUUUGCGUUGCUGGAGGAGAAGAAAGGCGAGAUGACAGUCGGCAUCAGCAGCGAGCAGGAGGAGAAGUUGGACUACAUCCGCAGUCUGAACAGGAAGUACAGCGAGCACCUGGAGGAGACCGCCAAGCUGCUGGAGACCGCCAUCCAGACCAUGGACGAGCCUGAGAUGGCGGUUUUCCUCCAGUCGGCCAAGCCUCUGCUGCAAAAGCUGCUGCAGUCCACGGACACAUCCCACCUGGACAAUGUCCAGCCUGGUUAUGAGAACAUGGAUCACUUCACCGUAAACUUUGACCCCCAGAGGAGGGCGCUGGCGGACGUUGACUUCAUCAAACUUGAUGAUGAUGAUGAGAGCGAAGACGAGGUGGAAGCUGGAGGACAGCAGCACGUCGCACCCGCAGCGACCAAUCAGCAGCCUUCACAGCCUCCUCCCCAAGCCCCGCCCCUUCACACAAAGAGCCCCUCCCCCUCAUCGUCAACCCCGCCAGCCCCGCCCCCUACGCCUCUCCCCACGACUAGCUCCGCCCCUCAGACAGAUCACCAGAGCGAGUCGGAGGACAAAGACGGACCCAAACACGUCUUCUCCUUCAGCUGGCUCAACCAGAAGUAACAGAUCUGGGGCCUGCAGGACCUGGAGGUCCUGGAGGACCUGGAGAUCCUGCAGGACCUGGAGGNCCUGGAGAUCCUGCAGGACCUGGAGGUCCUGGAGGACCUGGAGAUCCUGGAUCAGACUUGUUGUCUUGGUUCAUGACUUGUUCUUGUGUUUCUGGUGUGUUAGAAGCAAAGGAACUUUCCUGAACCCAUCUGGUUCUGUAGAACCGGGUCAUGUUGAUGUCUUGUGUAAAAGUUAAAUAAAUGUUUUAUCAUCUG